GGAAAGAAGUGCACACUUCACCACCAAGAGUUAAUGAAGUGCUUAGUGUCUUAACUACACGCGCCUCCGUCUUAUGACGUCAUAACGGUCCCUUAUAAACCAAAGCUGCGCACUUUCCUGCAGAGCGAAGUUGCUUUCGACAGAACAUACUUAAAAUGAGCUCUUCACGCGCUUACUGCUUUUUUAUCUUCUUUUUAAUCGUCUUUUUGAGUGCAGUACCGGUCGGAAAAUGCACGCCACCGACCUGCUACUCACGCGCUCUCCAACUCAGUAAGGAGAUAAUGGACGUUUUGGAGAAGACGCACAGGUCUCCGCGCACGAAAAACUGCGCUGAGAUUUUCCCUAAAAUGUUUCUGGAUAUUCACAAUUCCUGUGUGACAUCUAAGUUGCGAGACUUCAUUUAUGUGCUGGAGAAUCUGCCAACGGAGCACUGCAGGACGCGACCUCGAAUUGUCUUGUUGAAACGCAAAAUCCGCACGCUUUAUGAGAUCAUAAGCCGUGCUUGCUAUCGGGACCUAGUGUUCCUGACAAGCGACUGUGAGGCUCUGGAUACGGGUAUCAGUCAACCACGAUACAUGGAGGACACACUGCAACUACUGGAGGAGACAAUAUGAGACAGACACACACACAGACACACACACGAUGAAAACUGAGAAAGCUGAAAAUGUACAAAUACACACACACACACCUACACACACGCACAAACAAAAGCAAGUUUUUGCGUGUGUGUGUGAGAGAGAGAGUGAGAGAGAGUGAGGGAGAAAGAGACUAAAUUCCAGCAGCAAAAGGAAAAUUUUCCACAGGAAACAGUUUGAAUAGCCGCUGACCGUGGCUUAUUUAUCGUAACACACACACACACUUUCAUGUGUAGAUUGUGUAAUGGUCCACUGAGAGAGUGUAUGAGCACUCUGAAUUCUUUUUUUCCCCCUUGUAGCUUUGGCUAUAUAGUGCUCAUUGCUUAACUCUUCACUCUUCCCUCCUUGUUUACCACAGAUGGUCAUGCACCAUAUCAUUAGAUAUUAGACUUAAUGUUCAGCCUUUCACUCAUAGUCUUUCUGUGUAACUAACUAUAUUAUAGUAAGAAUAUGCAUAACUAUACGAACAAGCUAACCUUUUAGCUAUUGAUGGUAUGUUUCUCCAAUAACAACCGUGUUGUGUAAUGCUUACCAUAUGUUAUUUAGAAUCUAUUCAUAGUUCCAGUGACCACGAAAUGAACUGUUUAUGAUAAUGCUGAUUGGUAAAAUUACUGAGCUUUUUGCAAACAAUCACAUUAACAAUGUUAAAAAUAAACAUGGUUGAUUUCUUCA